AUGACCGCCCUCAGGAUCAUCCAGAGGCCGAAGCUUGGUGCAGUGAAGGUGGCGCUUGUCAGUGCCACUUGUCCCGAGGGCAGAAUGCUUCUCGUUGUGUUUAAGGGGACGUCUUUCAUCGCAGACUUCCUGAAUUGGAAUUUGGAGCAUGACCACACCAUGACGAAAGAUAAGGCUUUCUUCAUUCACCGUGGUGCAGCAGGCGCUAUGGGAAAUCUGCAGUUUUGGCUGGAGACAGAUUUCAUGCGCCGCCUCGAGUCAGAAGGCAUGCAAGGCGUGGCUCAGGUGGUUUUUGCAGGACAUUCUCUUGGGGGCAUGUACGCCCAGGUGAUGUUGUAUUUGGCUUGGCAGAAAAUUGAGGCAGGUGGCCUCACCCCGCUGAUGUCUAGCAUGCGCUGUGUCACAUUUGGUGCUCCGAUGACAUUCGGUGGCGGCUUGGAAGGUAAUGGUCAGCUACAGAGUUUCAAGAGCUUCGCCAACAGACGGGCCGUCAAUUAUGUCCACGCGCAUGACCCAUGCCCACGGGCGUGGGGAUCUCUGAACUUGCGUGUGUUGGUGCAGCAGGCAUGCCAAUUUACGAAGCAGAGCCUCCGGGACGAGCUGGGCACCGUUCAGGGAGGUUUGGCAGCCAAAGUCGUGGAAGGCAUGGCCCAGGCACUCCUGAACCGGCCCGGCUUCAGUCUACUUGAGGAAAUGGCCCGAGAGUACCGACAUGUGAUUCCGCUGAAGGUCUUGAGCACGUCGCCGCGACGCUUUCAUUGGCUGACAGAUUUCCAGCUGACGCCCGAGUCCCUACUGGACCAUUCCAUGGCGUCUCGGUCAUACCCUAAGAAUCAAGAGUCACAUGGAAAAGAAAACGAAAAGUUGGAUGGAGGCGGGGAUUAUGCUGUGGUUUGUAUGGAUCUGGAUUCAACUCAUUGUUGCCAAGCUGAAUGUUUUUUUUUGGGUAGUUUCGCCUACAAGCAAUGCGAAGCAACGAAACCUUACAUCACAACCAAGCCGGAACUUUGUAAACGUGGGUAUCCUGUCCGAUGUCCAGGUUUGCUACGUGAACAGGCUUUAUGA